AAAUCAUCUCUAUUUAUCAGCUGAGUGUUAAAGUAACCCUGUGAGUGUGUUCAUUCAGCCCGGAGAAUUUUAGCGUGCUGAAGAACAAAGUAAAAUAAUCAACUUUGGUACUUUAUAGUGUAAACGAUUAUGAAUGUGGCCUAAAUUUAAUAAAACGCACGAAGCAGGACGCACUCGAUCCCUGGGUGGGGGUGCUCCCAUGGUAGUUUUGUCCGCUUUUUUUUUUUUUUUAAACUUCCUGUUGCUCCGCCUCUCGUGUUUGUCGUAAGCCUCGCGCGCAGUUACGAACCAAGCAGUAAGAUAAAGACGGCUUUUCCCCUGUGCGCGUCUAUGCGCUUGGAGCAUUAAUACCGUGCAGUCGAGUGACCACACAACACCAUCACAGUCAUCGCUGCGGGGGAUUUUCUUUUAUAUUCUUUUAUAUUGUUGUGUCGGGCUGUCGGAGCGCGAGCACAUCCUCAUCUCUGUGCGCGCGGGGGCUGAAUCAUGUCCCUGAGCCCGAAACACUCCACGCCUUUCUCCGUGAGCGACAUCCUGAGCCCGCUGGAGGAGAGCUGCUUUAAGAAGUUUGCGUGCAUGGAGGGCGCUUACCGGCAGCCUCCUCCUCCUGUGCAGAGCGCGCAGCAUCAGCAUCAGCACCACCAUCAGCACCAGCACCACCAACAGCAGCAGCAGCAGCAACAGCAGCACGGAGUGAGCCACGGAGCUUAUCACGUGCCGCACGGCAUGUCACAGUUCUCACACGCGGCCGUGGCGGGAUACUGUAACGGGAGCCUCGGCGGCGUGGCGGAGCUGCCCACUUACCAAGAGAGCGUGAGGAGCGGCGCUGCCACUGCGGCUUGGUACGGAGCAAACCCGGAACCGCGUUACGCAGCACUUCCUAGGUUCAUGGGUUCCUCCACUACUAUGAACAUGAAUAUGGGCGCGCUCGCGGGAAUGGACGCCAAGUCCAUGGUGACUCUGCACGCGGCUCCGCGCAGGAAGCGUCGCGUGCUCUUCUCCCAGGCGCAGGUGUAUGAGCUCGAGCGUAGGUUCAAGCAGCAGCGCUACCUGUCUGCUCCGGAGCGCGAGCACCUGGCCAGCCUGAUCCACCUGACGCCGAACCAGGUGAAGAUCUGGUUUCAGAACCACCGCUACAAAAUGAAACGGCAGGCCAAAGACAAAGCAACGCGCGAGCCUCAGCUACAGCAGGACGCCGGGGACGCGUGCCAACAGCAGCAGCAUUCACCGAGGCGCGUGACCGUACCUGUGCUCGUCAAAGACGGCAAACCCUGUCAGAACGGAUCCGACACACAGACUUCCGGACAAAACGUUGCCAUGGCUGCGGUUCCGCUACAGCAGCGAAGCCAAACAGUGGAGUCUUUAACGUCCGCAGCGGAUGAGCUUGAGGACAUGGCACCGAGUCCGCCCGCGCUGCACAGCGCUCACCUCAGCGGCCUGUCUCACCUGGACUCCGCCCUCCUGGAGUACAACAUGGCGGGCUCGAACCUUCUGUACGGCAGAACUUGGUAGACGAAUAAGCGUUUUGUGUGAACCAGAACCGGACGCAGAAACGGCCUCUAAAGACUCCAAAAACAAUCUAAAAUAACUGGACAGAAAGAGACGCGCAUUUCAACAUGUACAAAUGUGGGGAUUUUAUUAGAUUAUAUAUCCAUCCAGAAAUUAAACCUGACGGUCGGACUGGUAGUGGUGUGGAUGGACAUCCGGGGGAAAAAAAAGGCUAAUCACUGUCCACAU